AUCCAUGGACUCAAUAAUAACUCCUUAGUACUGGACUAUGUUAACUCUCUAAUCCAUGGACUCAAUAGGAGCUCUUUAAUAAUGGACUAUGUUAACUCUCUAAUCCAUGGACUCAAUAAUAACUCCUUAAUACUGGACUAUGUUAACUCUCUAAUCCAUGGACUCAAUAAUAACUCCUUAAUACUGGACUAUGUUAACUCUCUAAUCCAUGGACUCAAUAAUAACUCCUUAAUACUGGACUAUGUUAACUCUCUAAUCCAUGGACUCAAUAAUAACUCCUUAAUACUGGACUAUGUUAACUCUCUAAUCCAUGGACUCAAUAAUAACUCCUUAAUACUGGACUAUGUUAACCCUCUAUUCUAUGGACUCAAUAAUAACUCCUUAAUAAUGGACUAUGUUAACUCUCUAAUCCAUGGACUCAAUAAUAACUCCUUAAUACUGGACUAUGUUAACCCUCUAUUCUAUGGACUCAAUAAUAACUCCUUAAUACUGGACUAUGUUAACUCUCUAAUCCAUGGACUCAAUAGGAACUCUUUAAUAAUGGACUAUGUUAACUCUCUAAUCCAUGGACUCAAUAAUGACCCCCGAACAAUUGAAACUAACUUUUGA